AUCCCAAUCAAGGCGGCUCCGGUCUCUCUCAGCUUUCUCAUCCGCUCUUCAUCUUCGCCUGCCGCCCAACUCUUGGUAGAAAAAGGGAAGAAUGGUGAUGGUGCAUCCAUAUGUGUCAGCCUCCACUCUAAGUCGAGCUCUGCCAUCAGCAGCCUCUAUCCUAAGUCGAGCUCUACCGACCUUAUUUGCUGAACCAACGAAAAAAUGGUUGGUGUGUGAGACUCAAAGCAUGAAAUUGUUAAAUGAUAGAGCAAUUGCCAAUGAAUACAGAAACACAAAGAGACUUGUGUUUGGUGGUAGGAGGAGGUUCACUACUCGAGCUUCCCACGUCAAUGAUGCUGGCUCCAUUGGCUCCCCUCUCAUGCAGUCCAUGGAGAACAAGAUCAAGGAAGAGCUGAAUGCAGAAUCUGUUAUUGUUAAAGAUGCUAACGGGGAUGGUCGGCAUGUCAGCAUUGAUGUUAUCUCUUCAUCCUUUGAGGGAAAAUCUGCUGUCAAUAGGCAGAGGAUGGUGUACAAAGCUAUAUGGGAGGAGCUUCAAAGCACAGUGCAUGCAGUAGAUCAGAUGACUACUAAAACCCCAGAAGAAGCAGGUACUCAAAAGUAAUGCAGUGUUAGUUAAAAGUUGGAGUUGACACUCCCCUGAUAUAUUUUUACUCGCUACAUUUUAUGUAACCUCCAUAAUUUAUGAUCUUUAUCCGUCAAUGAUUUUGAAUGAUCGUAAUUGCCACUAGGCCACGCCAUGAGUAGGAGCACUAUGAUCUCUUUGCUAUGUCUGUAUUCUUGUAGUUUUAGAUGUUUUUAUUCUCUUUAGUUUCUCUUUCAGCUCUUGUGAUGAAUAAAAAACGUAUUGAGCUUAGGCUCUACGUACGUGUUCCAGCCUUUCAAUUUU